AUGAGAAUCAGGUCACAUCAUGUGGGGGUUGUCUGUCUGCUUGCAAAUUUUGGAGAUGCGGCCAUCACACUUGACCUCACCUCGACUGACUCGAUCAAGAAAGCUGCAAGUACCGUAGCGUUUGAUUUGAUGAAGUAUUACACUGGAAAUAACACUGGUGACGUUCCUGGAAAUCUUCCAGAUCCUUAUUAUUGGUGGGAAGCAGGCGCUAUGUUCGGAACGAUGAUAAAUUAUUGGUACUACACAGGAGACACGACAUACAACGCAGUGACAAAACAAGCACUCCUACACCAAGCCGGCGACGACGGCGACUACAUGCCCUUGAAUCAAACCAAGACCGAAGGGAACGACGAUCAAGGAUUCUGGGGAAUGGCAGCCAUGACAGCAGCAGAAACGAAGUUCGAAGAUCCGCCGUCAGGGCAACCUGGUUGGUUGGCUCUAGCACAGGGCGUGUUCAACACACAAGCUGCGAGAUGGGAUACCUCGACAUGCGCUGGUGGGCUGAGGUGGCAGAUCUUUACUUUCAAUAAUGGGUACAAUUACAAGAACAGUAUCUCGAACGGAUGUUUCUUCAAUCUUGCUGCCAGAUUAGCGCUGUAUACAGGAAAUUCGACUUACUCGGACUGGGCUGUGAAGACGUUUGAUUGGAUGUACGGAGUUGGGUUGAUGUCUCCAGAAUACAAGAUCUUCGACGGCACGCAAAAUACAGACAAUUGCACCGCAAAAGAUCACAACACCUGGACAUACAACGCAGGAAUUUUCCUGCUAGGAAGUGCAACCAUGUACAACUAUACGAACGGCAGUGCCAUCUGGCAAGAAAGAGUCACAGGCCUCCUGAACGCAUCCCUCGUCUUCUUCACCGACGGCGUAAUGUACGAGCCCUGCGAAUCCUCAAAAUGCAACAUCGACCAACGCUCCUUCAAAGCCUACUUCUCGCGCUGGCUCGCCGCCACAGCCGAAAUAGCACCCUUUACCCACGAUACCAUCAUGGAGAAACUAGCUUCGUCCGCAACGGCAGCGGUCAAGACUUGCACGGCAGGAAACACUGGCACGCAAUGUGGGCUUAGAUGGACGACUGGAGCGAAUGAUGGGAGUUUGGGUGUGGGUGAACAGAUGGCUGUUUUGGAGAUUGUGCAGAGUAAUCUUGUUGAUACUGCACCGGGGUGGGUGAGUGCUGUGAAGGGGACGGGGACGAGUGAGGGGGAUGUGAAUGCUGGGAGUGAUAGCUCGAGUACGGCGGAUGAUUUGCUUGUUACUCCUGUUACGAUGGGUGAUAGGGUUGGGGCGGGAUUCUUGACGGCUUUGGUGUUGAUUGGAGUUGUUGGUGGAAGUGCUACUAUGAUUAUAUCGUAG